CGUUGUUUCUCCUUAGAAUAAAAUCAAAUCAAAUCCUGAAUCCGAACUUCUUCCAUUUUCCAAUUUCCAAAUCGAAACCCCUGCACAUUGUUCGAUCCCGCUUCCAUGGCCGAUUGGUCCAUCUUACUGGCGGAGCUUCUCCAUUUCAUUUCCGAGAAGCUUCCAACCGCCACCGAUCGCCUGCGCUUCCGCGCCGUCUGCGCCACCUGGCGAUUCGCCGUUCCACCCCCACACGCCGCUAACCGUUUCCCCAUUUUACCUAAUUCCGGCAUCUCAGACACCAGUUGGGGUUUCCACCUCUCUCGACGCACUGUCUAUUCAAUCCGAUCGCCAAUCGCCGACUGUAUUCCCUCGUGGAUCAUCAAACUCGAACGGGAUAACCCGUCGCGGAUGCAUCUUCUCAAGCCGCUGUCUCGCGCCAGAUUUAAAGCCUUACCCGAUGAUUUUCCCAAACUCUUUAAUUCCCUGAAUCUUAGGGUGUGCGAAUUGGGCGAAGAAUAUGCUCUUCAAUAUAUCAAUUUCAGGCCGCUGGCGAGUUCGAUUGGCGAGGCGGGGAAUCUUUACAUGGAGAAAGUAGCGGUUAUGAACAACAAUCUGGAUGAUGGAUUUGUGCUCCUGACAAUCCACGUCUCUGGGAAAUUGGUAGUCUAUAAAUCCGGGGAUGAGAAAUGGAACGUGAUUGAUUACCUACCUUCUCCAUACGACGAUGUGAUUCUGUGGAAAGGGAAUUUCUACGCAGUCGAUAACUCAGGUAAACUAGUGUUUGUGGAUUGUGAGAAUUUGAAUGUGAACACCAUUGCUGAUUCAAUCUUUGGAGGAGAUAAGAAGUUUAUUGUGGAAUCAAAUAAGGAGCUAUUGCUAGUUGAUAUGUAUUUGAGCAUAGGACCAGCAGAUGAUUCAGGUCUCAUUGAGGUAUUGGAGUUCUACGAGGAUUUCGAUCGUUUUAUGAGUGAGAGGACAGUGAAGUUCAAGGUGUUCAGGCUAGAUGAAAGUGUUGGAUGGAUUGAGAUCAAUGAUUUGGGCGAUAGGAUGUUGUUUUUGGGUGAGAAUUGCACGUUCUCUGCGGCGGCUGCUGAGAUUUUCCCGGAUGGCGGGCACAGGGGGAACUGCAUAUUCUUCACUGAUCAGUAUUAUGGUAGGGAAGAUGAAGCGGCGUCGAAGGCCCGCGGCAUAGGAGUGUUUGAUUUGGGGAGUGGGAACAUUGAAUCGAUAAUCGGUCAGGGGGGUUAUUCGAAGAUGUUUUGGCCCCCUCCCGAAUGGAUUUGUUCUACGACGACGUCGAUAGAAGAUGGGAUGAAUCAGCUGAACGUUUGAGAGUGAUUUGCUGGAUAUACUUUUGCUGAAUAAUUCCAACAUUUCAUUGUAUUGAAGAUA